AUAUAUAUAUAUAUAUAUAUAUAUAUAUAUAGUUUAGUAAGAAUCAAAAAGUGGAAGAAAGAAGAGCUCCGUCAAAGUUCGAGAAUCGAGAGAACACGGUCGUUCAGUGCACGCUCGGCUGCCGCUUACGUAGAGCGCAACGAGCAGGCUACGUUGUGUAAGAGCUGAAAGUAAAAGUUGAAACCGCCGAGUUCGGCUGGCGCGCGUGCGGAGCGCACCGUCGAGCGCUAAAAUCCGAUCUCGUGGAUAUCUCUCUCUCUCACACACACACUCUCUCACCCCUACCCUUGACCCCACCACCCCGCUAAACGUAUUAUUUCAUCAUCAAAAACAUCCUCGCUCUCUUUCUUCUUCUUCCUUUUUUAUUUGGAUUUUCGGAAAGGUAGAGGGUAGGCGUGGGAGCGCUCCUUACCUCUGGAGAUCUUCCGUCUUGUCUGUUGAGGAGACCUGUUUAUAGAUAUCAAGGAAGCUGUUUGAAAAAAAAGAAAUACAAAUAGAAGAGAAAGAAUAGAAAAGGAAGAUUGUCACCAUCAUCAACGUUCUGUUCGUCAUAUUAUUGUCAUCGUGUAGUGGACGUAGUCGUUGUCGUCGUUGUCGUUCUCUUUGGUAGCGUUGCGUAACGAUGCUUCUGGCUCGUUGAGUCGUGAAACGCGGCUGGCGAUCCGGUUAUUAACGACGUUGCGAGUUCGCUCGCGAAACGGAACGACGAGAUCGAGAGAGAAAGAGAAAGAAAAAGAGAAGGAGAAAGAGAAAGAGAGAAAGAGAAGGAAAGAAAGACAGGGAGAGAGAAAGAGAGGACGAAGAAGGAAAGGAAAAGCAAUGGAAAUGCUAGGACCGCUUCACCGACUCGAUGCCGCGAGCCUUUCGAAAUGUGAACGUUCAAGGUCAACGAUAUUUCUUCGGUAACCCUCUCCUUCUCGUCAUCGUUGUCAUCUUCGUCUUAGUCGGGGGAGAAUAAGGUCCCCCGGUGAAGAGUUCUUCUGGUGCUCGUCUUUCUCCUCCUUUUCCUCCACCUCCUACAAACAGUGCUCAGGCAUUGCUUUUACUCGCCGUCUCGUGUACGGGCGGCGCACGAGUAGUCGGCCUGCAGAAGCGUUUCGUAAAAGGGAUUACAAAACCAGAAGAGAAAGGAGAAGUGGAGAGAGAGAGAGAGAGAGAAAGAGAGAGAGAGAGAGAGAGAACAAGAGAGAAAAAAGAAAGUCAGUGUAGAAGAGACCUCUCGGCAUAUCCGGAGAAUCAAGUUCUCCGGAAGAGACGACGACAGUCCCGGGCAAAGACAAAAUAAUCGAAAGAAAGAGAGAAAGACAAAUAGAUAAACACGAAUAGAUAAACACACAGAAAAAGAAAGAGAGAGAAAGACAAAUAGGACGGAGCGCGUCCGCGCAUAUACGUGACUGUGAUAACUUGACAAUAAGAGGCCGUUGGUUGGUUAGUUAGUUUGUUGAUUGGUUGGUUCGUUCGUUCGUUCGAUCGUUCAGCGCGCGCGAACGGAGACACGCGGCCGCGACGCGGAAUUAAAAGUGCACUUAAAAAGGUUAGCGGGAUAAAAAAGGCGCGCGCGCGAAAGGAUAAGAGAAAGGAAUAGGAGUCACCUCCGAGUCCUUGAGAGUACACAACGGGUAAAAGUGCCGGCAGCAGCGUAGCACCGGAGCGGCAGCCGGUUGACCCUGGACGCUCGAGUCCGCGCCGUGCUAGCCCCCGUUGAAACAAACAAGAAAAAAGAAACAAGGAAAAAAAAAGAAAAUAAAAGGAAAAAGCUUCUCUUCUUCUCGACGAAGACAUUUUCGUCGACGUUUCCUCAAACGUGGCCUCCUAGAAUCGAUCCUCUCGAGAACACCCGGAAGAGCCCACGCGCUACUAUGCUACGAACUUCCAAGCACGUGCUCGCGACCAUGAAGAGCCGAGGACCGAGAAUAACAGCUGACCGAAGAUAACGACCUCCUUCCUCGUUUCUCCUCGUUUCUUCGUUUUAGUCUUCGUCUUCUUCUAUCCUUACCGAUUCUGAUGCCAAUUUCCUCCCAUUCCAUCUUCGUACAAACCAAGGAACCAUAGGAUACAAGUGUUCAUAGAUAAACGUCCGAUUUUUAUCGAGUGUGUUCAAGUGACGACGCGGGUGCCAGUACGAUUCCAUGUAAACUGAGUUAUUAUUCGAGUGGUAUCUGUGAGCCCAUCAGUAUACAACGGUGUGUUUCAAUGUUUCAUAUCACGUGCCAGCGAGAUCGCCGUCAUCGUUGUCGUCGUCGCCGUCGUUAUUACGAAGCUUGGAGGAUGCCUCGAGAUUCUUCGAGAGAAUCCUAAGGGACGUGAAUUUUCGAUUUAGCCGACCUUAAUUCGGAUAAUUUAGCAACGUUGACAAAAUGGAGGACUUACAUUGUGAGGCGAUGAAUACGGAUGGUCUUUUAACACUGCAUUAUGGGAAGCAUCCAGCAACCUUGGCCGCAGAGGUCGCGGCUUGGUACAGCGGAGACCGUCAUGUAGACGUGACACUGGCUUGCGAUGAUGGUUCCGUCGUCAGGGCCCAUCGUGUCGUCUUGGCAGCAGCCAGUCCGCUUUUGGCUAGUCUGUUACGUAAUCCCGCCCUGGACCACGUGGUCCAUCUUGCUGGAGUCAAGAAGACUCAGCUGAACCAUCUUGUCGAAUUUCUUUAUAACGGAGAGGCUCUUAUACCCUCGACAGAGCUUACGCCAUUGAGAGAACUCUUCGAACUACUUCAAAUCAAGUCGGAGCUCUUCGGGCCGAACCAAUCUCAGACCUCUAGCAAUUCCGAUCCUGAAAUGAUACCUACCCCUCAACCCUCUGAGGAUCAAGAAAGUUCUAGUUACGAAUCGAAAUACGACAGUAGACAAACUAGUAAUCCUGCUGAUUGUUGUUCGGUACUGAUUAAAACCGAGGACUGCGAAGAGGAACCUGAAGUAGACGUGGAAGGUGUCGAAGGUGAGGGCUUACUAAUGGAAACAAGAGAAGGUAGCAUAGAACCACCUAGAAGGAGGGAUAGUUCGGAUCCCGUAAACCUCAGUUUAAAUUCCGGAGCGUCGACGAUGAGCGAGAGUUCUCACGACAUAGUACAUAGACCAGAAAAACAAUUACUCGAAAGGCGAGAGUCUUUGGACGAAGUCGAAGAAAGGUCAAGGCAAAUGGCGGCCAGAUUGGCAUUAGGUUUGGAUCCUGGCAAACGAAAACCAGAAGAAUUACCGAUCACACCGGCUGAGGCGUAUGUAGUGACGCCUCAUCGAAAACGUAGGCCAGGCUUUCACAACGCGCCAGCGCAGAAUCCAGCCUUCGUACCUUUUAAUCCCAGUUUCGAGACACCAAGGAGGUUACAAGCCCCGCAUUCUUUGAGUCUAUCAGCGCCACCGUAUCUGCAGGACAGAUCGAUAACGCCACCAGGGGCAUCGCAAAGGCCACCAAGUGCCGAUCCAGCCUCGGCAGCUGGAGUAGAAACACCUUGGGCUGCUUGGACUCUACCUCCAGCUCGAGCACCCCCUCCACCUGCUACGGAGGAUCCACCAAAGUCGGCCCCUGUUAGAGAAUAUCGAUGUACCUAUUGCGGUAAACAGUUCGGCAUGUCCUGGAACUUGAAGACUCAUCUUCGAGUACAUACAGGCGAAAAACCAUUUGCUUGUCGACUCUGCGUCGCCAUGUUCAAGCAGAAAGCUCAUCUGCUUAAACAUCUCUGUUCCGUUCACAGAAGUGUAAUAGCUGCACCAGACAAUACCUUUACGUGUUGCUUCUGUUCGCUUCACUUUGAAAAUUUACAAGAGCUCAUAAGGCAUCUAUCAGGGCCGCAUAAUAAUUUAUUAUUAAGUAAAAACCUACACGAUUGCGAACGUUCUUGAAUAUAUUUAUUCGUCGGACUAAGUCUCUCUUUCUUUGACCUUUUUUGGUCAUUUCUAUUUUCUUACAUUUAAAGUCGGAUAUAUCAUUUUCAAUGUCCAGAUCAGAUAUUUCUCAAAUAUCUCCGGAUACAUCUUUGAUUUAUCACCAUCGUGGAUAUCAAAGUUAUAUAUAAUUAGAUCUUUUUACUAAACGAUUCCAUUGUUCUUAUUUGAUAUCUAGAGAAAGAGAUUUUUGUGAUCUGAAAUCUUCGAUUAACGCGGUAUUACAAAUCUCAAUCUCUCAGCAUACCUAGCUGUGAUCUCUGCUACCAAGCUGCAAGUUUGAUAAACGCGGACAAUUGUCUGCAAGUGCCGUCUUUUCGCGAGCUAAACGUUCCUUUGCAAUAAUAAAUGAAAUAUUUUUUUGACACUUUUAUAAGCCAAUUUUCGCGAAGACGCGGCAUGAAGCAUAGAAGAGCCUUUCCGAUAAAAAUAAAAAAUAUUCAGAAAACAGGGUCCUCAUUUUUCGAAUAUUUUUUCUUCGUUUUUAGAAUGUUCAAGAACGAAGAAGUGAUAAUCGUAAAAACUGCGUAUUACAAAUAAAGAUUAAUUGGCAAGUUGUUUUUCGAGAUAUAUCGAGCUUUGAUAUAAGCUCGAGUUGUCGAAUAGUAUAAUAAUAUCGAGGGGGAAAAAAAGAAAACAAUAUGGAAAAGAAGAAGAAAGAAUCGGAGAAGGCUACGUUUCGAUUUUUAAUUAGGAAGGAAAUAAAUAAAUAAAUGAAGAAAGAAAGAAAGAAAGAAAGGUAGAAAAAAGGAUAAAUAAUGUUAAUAAUAAUAAUAAAAUAAUAAUAAUAAUGAAUAAUGUAUAAAUAAAUCGUUUAAGCGUGCGACAGUCAAUGCGAGAGACAAGACAUUUCUUGUCUACCUUAGCGCUCGAAACAAUCGCAAAAAUAUCUCCCCUCAUGUGUUUUUUUUUCUUUUUUUGUACAUAAUGUUAAAUAGGGAAAAAGGCCGUAAGUUAGCGCAGACUAUCAUUAUUUAUUUUACAUUUUGUAAAGGGACCAACCGAUUUUCCACCGAUUUCUGUCUUAGGUAGAUAUUAGGUAUAUCCUGUCCGGCAAUCGUCUCAGAACAAACUAGCUCGUAGGAAAACCGAACCGGUAUACGUUUGAGCGUCACAUAUUGAGAUUUUCGACGAUCGUUUAAUGAGGAUGCGUAACAUAUAAUAGAUGUUAUAUAAUAGAUAUAUUGGAUAACGAAAACUACCAGUCAAAAUAAUAUGCUCUAGUUAUCUCUUCUACUAUUUCAAUUUUCAUUCCCUUUUUUCCUUCUUUAUUGCUUUAUUCUAUAAUAUAUUUUUUAACCCUUCUCUUGCUCUUCUUCCUACUAAUAAAUACCAAUCCCUUUCCCUCUGUCAUCUCAAGUAACGAUCGUCGUUAUAUCUCAGUGACCUGGAGUGCCUUGCAUCAAAUGGGUCCAAAUCGGUCGAUCGGGCAGUGAUUUCAUGUGUUCAUAGGCUUAAGACAAGUUACGCGUUUAAAAUUCAAUCAAGACGAUUACACGAGAGCUCGCUUAUAAAAUAAUGAAAUAUUACAAAGAAAACGAUUUUAAAUAGCGAUGAAUGAUAAUAAUUAUGAUUACGAUCAUGAUAAUCAUAAUGAUAAUAAUGAUUAUGGUGAUUCUUAAUUAACCGUAGAGAAGAUUCUAAUCAUCACUCGGAUUAAUUCAAUAACUUUUUCGUUAUUAUGUCUAUAGUUUUUGUCGUUGUAAAUAAUAGCUUAUUUUAUUUUAUUAUCUUUAUUAGAUUUCUUUCACUUUUAUUUUUGUUUUCUUCUUCUUCUUUGUUUUUAUUCUUCAUUGGCGCAGGACGUCAUAAAAUAUUCUUUCUUUUCCCUCUGGUGUAGAUCUAUUUCUGUGACCUAAGGUGCCUUGAAGAAAAGGCCUCCGACCUCUCUUCGGCUUUUCCCGACAAGCACCUCGGUGAUCAUUGGUAAUUGUGCAAGGAAUUAUGUACCUACUUGCUCUUUCUUUUCCUCUUUCUCGUCUGACGAAGAGUUAACAAAGGAUUUUUAUAAAAAGAGAUUCUGUGAAUUUCUUUUUUUUAAAUAAAUGAUAAGGAUAACAUCAGUUUUUCUGCGUAGAAACAAAUUCCUCGAUCGUCUUUGUCGCCGAAAAGACAAAAUUUUAAUAAUCUUGUAUACAUAUCAACGCCAAAGAUAGGAUUGUAAAUCAUAUAAGAAAUUAUUUCAAUAUCUACGACGAAAACGACGAUACGGAACAAAGUUAAAAUUGAUAAAUUUCUAAUAAAAAAAAAUAAAAAAAAAGACAAAAACAUAAAGAUAUACGCGUAAAUAAUAAUAGUAAUAAUCAAUAAAAUGAUCUCCAGAAACGAAUUGAAUUGGAAUAAGAUUUAGAUUACUGUAUAAAAACCUUUAUAACAAAAUUCUUGGUUAAUGUUGAAUAGAGUAGAAUGAACGAAGACCCAGCAGAGACACACGGGCAGACACACACGAAAGAAAAGUAAGGAGACGUUAGGGAACACACUAGUCCGUAAUCCUAGUUAUUCUUUGUUAUGUUAACCGAGAUUACUCGAGGUGAAAUAGAAAGAAAAUGAAAGAAAAUGAAAGAAAAUGAAAGAAAAUGAAAGAAAUGAAAGAAAAUGAAAGAAAUGAAAGAAAAUGAAGCCUUUUUCCUUUUCUUUUUGCCGCUCUCUCGUAAUUCGUAUUGAGAUGUUUGUAGACUCUUAGAAGUAACGAGGAAUGGAACAGGACGAGAGAGAAACGAAAUAUUAGAGAGAGGUUAGAGGGGUGGUGCAUGGACUCUCAUUGAAUCAUCAAGCGUACGCGAAUGGUCAACACAAAACGCGAAUUAACGCAAUGUGAUACUAAAUGAUAAUAAAAAUAAAGAUAUAAUUAUUCUGUAGCAUGCGACUGCUCGGGACACGUUUAUUUCAGAUGAACAAAAUGUAUAAUAGGGAAAGAGAGAGUAAAACAGUCGCCUCGAAUAGUAUAAGCAGUUAACCUUUCUCGCCCUCACCUUGAUUCCUCACCCUCUGAUCCACGAACCUACCUUGCCUGAUUAUCCUUCAAUUUUUCCAUCAUUUUCGAGUAGUACACGGACUAGGGUUACGUAAUCAACAUUAUUUUAACGUUUAAUUAAUUAUGCUUAUUUUGUAUGCGUGUAUAUUAUACACACAUACCCACGAAGCUGGGUGCUCAGAUAUUCCCUAAGAGCCAACAAUGUAUUGUCAUUAUACGUAUGCGUAGAAAUAUUUACUUUCAAAGCGUCUUUCCUUCGAUAAUAUUACAUUUAAUUUUUUUGUUCAACUAAAAAUGCUCGAAGUUAAUAUUCUUGAGAUUUGUAUCUGCGAAUUUCAAGAAGAAAUCGUUGUAGACGAUCGUGAUUUUAUUAUUGUUGUUAUAUAGUGUCGAAUCCGUCCUAAAAGAAACAGAAAAAAAGAUCAGUACUUUUAAUGUCUCUCACGGGUAAUCUGAGCGAAGUUUCAUAGUUAUUAAGUAUUUUCCGAGCGGUGAGCGUCCUCUGCGUGCUUUCUUAGUGUUCAUAGUCUUACGAUGAAAUAAAUUAAUUUCAAAAAAGAAAAAAGUAUGUAAAAAUGAAAAGAUAAAACAGAAGCGAGCAAAAAAAUUCAUUAUUUCUUUUUUUUCUUCUUGGACUCUUGGGCUUUUACUUUCUUGACAAUCCUUUUACUCGAUAUUUCUGAUAUUAUAAUCAUUUUUUUUUUCAAAAACAGAAGACAUUAGUCGCCAAAUAAGAAUUCUAAACGAAAUGAAAGAUAAGUAAAGUAUAGGAAAGACAAGGAGCCAACGAUGGUAAACUAACGGUUUAAAGAGUCUUGGACUUUAGAA